CGUCCGAGGGGGCGGGGUCUUCAGCCCUUGAGUGGCCCCGGGGCGGCGGAUGAGUCUUGUGCUAGUAGCCAGGCUGGAGCGAUUAAUUGUAAAAGCCUUUAACUCAUUGGUCCUUGGAACUGAGCUGCCCUACUUGGAAGUGAGUGUGGAAUUGAGCAUAUAAGUGCACUUGAGUCAGGGAAAAAAACUCCAUAACCCACCACCUUUUCUCUGUGCCUCUCUGCUCCCACUGUCCUGUGUGUGCCAUCAUUGACAACUCUGCAGUAAAGAUGUCCAGCCACCAUGCAAACCAUAUGAUGAACAGCUCCAUGGCAUCCACCUCUGAGCAUUAUCAUCCAACCUCGGAACACCAUCACCCUACAACAUCACCGGGGCACAAUCAUGGAGAAGGGAUGAUGAUGAUGGACAUGACUUUCCACUUCAGCUACAAGAACGUGCCACUGCUUUUUUAUGGACUGGUGAUCAAUACACCUGGAGAAAUGGCUGGUGCUUUUGUUGCAGUCUUCUGCCUAGCCAUGUUUUAUGAGGGCCUCAAAAUAGCCCGGGAGAGUCUGCUCCGUAAAUCACAGGUCAGCAUUCGCUACAACUCCAUGCCUGUCCCGGGACCAAAUGGCACCACUUUGAUGGAGACGCACAAAACAGUUGGACAACAGAUGCUGAGCUUCCCUCAUCUCCUGCAGACAGUGCUGCACAUCAUACAAGUGGUGGUCAGUUACUUCCUCAUGCUGAUCUUCAUGACCUACAAUGCAUACCUCUGCAUAGCUGUGGCAGCAGGCGCAGGCACUGGCUACUUCCUCUUCAGCUGGAAAAAGGCAGUUGUUGUGGAUAUCACGGAGCACUGCCAUUAAUGCUGGACACAGAGCGAGAGCCUCUCUUUGCCCCUUCGCUCGCUCUAACUGCAGUCACCAAGAGGAUGAGGAUCAUUCCCCAGCUGUCUGAGAAGCAACAUACACCAUGAAAAUCAGUGUGUUUUUUACCACCAAUGUCCUAGUCAGGACAGUGCCUGGGCAGCUCACAGGGAUUCCUGGUGUUGAGGAUUUCCCACCAAGCAGUCUGGUGCCCACACUAGAUGGACCAGCUCUUGAGGUCACACCAGAGCCACCCUUGACCACAAUUUAUGUUGUAUUUGUAGAUUUUUCCCUGAUUGAAAUUACAUAGCAAGUAGAUAUUUUCAAGAUUAUUGAACUGUCCUUUUAAAUCAUUUUAUUUUUAAAGAAUAAAUGCUCAGAUCUGGGGGGUUUAUGCAUGGUCGAUAAAGGAGCCAGUAUGUGACAAUGACUAUUUUAAUUUUCAAAAAAAAUCUGUACUUAAUGCCUGGGGGAGGGAGGCGGGGAUGUGACUGACCUCUGGGCCAGCAAAACCCUCUGGGACAGUUUGUAGAAACUUCUGUCCACAAAAUUACAGAGUGCUGCUGGUAAAUCACCAGAGGCCUAAUGGGCUUAGGUCUGCCCCGAGAAGUGUGCACCAUUCUUAUUAACUCCAGUGGGCAUAUUGUAUCUAUGUGUAUCUGGGCCAGACUGGGGCUGCUUUCAAGUCUGUUUAAUGUUACUGGUUUUCUGCUGUAUUCUUGCUCUGAACAGCAGAAACAUUUCAAACUGGCCACUUUGGCUUACUGAUCAUGGAAACGUACUUGCCAUAUGCAAAUCAGCAAUUGCAUUUUUAAGUAGCAGAAAGAGACUUUAAAUAAACCAUCGAAGCCCUGUUGAUUUCAUCUUGAUUUGCAGCCAUAUGCUGUUAGACUCCGAUUUGUCAUUCCAUGCAAAUUGUCAGCAGCUGGCUCUAUUGUUCUGACUGUUUACAAGAUUGUGAUUUCUCUUUUCUUUCCGGUUAAACCAAGUGACAUGAAGAAAGCUAUUAAAGAUUGACAUUUCUGUAGAGGAGAUUCCUUGGCUGGGCUGGCAGGUAAAGAACCAAACUUGUGUAGGGAGGAUAUAGCAGCCUUAAAACUUGCUCCUCUUAGAUGAGGGUUGGGGGAUAAGAGACUAUAGGGUCAGUAAAAGGAGUUCCAACCCUGAGGACUCUUCUUUAUCAUAAUCACCAAACUGGAACUUCUCAACAUGGCUGUGCUGGAGCAACCAAUGCCAAUGUCAGAGCUGGAUAGCAGCCAAUGGAGAGCUUCCCACCUUCCAGCCAGGCCCCUCGUGCUAGGAGCCCAACAGAUCUCACGAACAAGGCAGGGUUCAGGUCCUGCUGGGAGAUCUGUGUGGGCAGCAGGGUUGAUUCAAUAGUUGGUGGUCUUCCCUCUGAGUCACAGCUAAACUGUGGAACUAGAGAAUUCUGUGUUGCUAGGGUGCUAGAGAUAAGAUGUAAAGCUGAGUUCCUGACCGCUUGUUACAGAUCUCUUGGUUUUCUGGGUAGGAGGUGGGCCGAGUGUGCUGGCCUGAUUCUGAUGGGAGAAAUGCUGUUCUGCCUCCUUAAAUCCCCUUGCAGCUUAAGUAGUUAUUUUACACCUCAUUUCCUGUCCUAAGCAGCUGUGUGGUGUGAAAUGGCUGCUUAGGUUCUUGAUAUGAUCUCUGUAUAUUGUUGGUUCUGAUACUGUGGCCUAAGGUCAAGCCCUUGGAGCCCGUCUUGAUCUGGCUGUGGGAAAGGUGGGUCUGGGUCUCUCCCAAAGAGUAUCAUGGAAUGGGAAAGCUGGAGAACUGCUGCUAUUCAGAGUUGAUUAGCUCAUUUGUAAGGUACUUUAGGAUGAAAGAUGCUAGAGAAAUGCCAUUUGUUUUACAGCCCCUGAAUGUGAUGUGAGAGGCAGGGCUACGUUGUUUCAAGCAGCCUGUCACACAAACUCUACUCUCCCCAGAUGCUCUGAAAUUAAUAAAAUCACCAGAGGGUGAGAAAUGGCAGAGGCAAGGAAGAAAAAGCUAGGUAGCCCAGGGGAUGCAUGGUCAGUGCGGCCUUAGAAUCAGUCCCAACAUGAACUCCAGUUCAUGUUCUGGUUGUGUCCAAAUAGCCACUGACCUCUAAGCACAUUGUGGCUUGCUGAUACUUUAAGCAACUGCUGACAGCAGUUAAUGUCCCAGGCAGCUAUGGGCUCAGCUAUGAUGAACUGGCAGUAGUGUUUCCUUUGUCAGUCUACUCAUUGUAGAGUCUCUGAGGGCUUGUCUACACUUACAUUUUAUAGCGCUCUAACGUGCUCGGAUGUGAAAAAUCACCCCCUGAGCACAGCAAGUCUCAGCACUUUAAAGCGUUAGUGUGGACAGGCUCCCAGCCCUCGGAGCUAAACCCCUCAUGGAGGUGGUUUACCAGGAGCGCUGGGAGAGCUCUCUCCCAGAGCUCGCACAUGAACACACACACACUUCAAAGUGCUGCCACGGGACUUAGAUUUCAGCUCUUGCUGUUUCAUGUAGCUGGUCAGCAUGUGACUGAAAAUCAAGGGGAUCAGAUGUGACUACCCCUUCUGGGAUUUUGAUGGGAGAUAAGGAAGACUCCUGCCUCCAUUCUUCCAUGCCUGGCAGUGCAGGUUCUUCCCUUUACAAUCCUGGUGUUUUCCAUAUCCAGAUAAACGUCCAAGGUGAUGUGGGAGGAGUGGCCUCCUGAGGAGUAACUGAUGUAUAGUGAAAACUAGGUUGGGUACACUAGUGCAGCAAAGUUCCAGCCAGACUGAUGUCCUCUCUCCAGCAGUGGCCCACACCAGCUGUAUCAUGGAAGGAAAAAGCCUCCUAAUGUACUUCAAACAAUUCUCUCCUGCCUAUGGCACUUAGGAGGGGGUUGGGGGGGGGGCUUUCUGCCCCCCAGCUAUUAAUGGCUCCAUGCCCUGAAGUUUAAAUAACUUCACUAGAGGGGUGGCACUGGCUCAAGUGGGUGAAGUAUGUUCUGAUGCUAGUCAGGCCAAGGCUGGGAGAGGAAGAGAGGGGCACAUCAAUAACGAGUACAAUUCAAAACUACUCUUCCCCAUCCCCGAUACAUGAAUUGUGCCUGUCAUCUCUACCCUGGUUGCAGCAUGUUUUCUCUGCUUGAUGAGACCCUGCUGUCUCGCAAUCUCCACAGACUUUACUAGCCUGAAUUGUUGCAUUUCACAAGUUUGCUAAGAGUGGCCAGGGCCAUGUCUUAGCCUUGAGGCUCACUUAAUAUGAAUGUGCCCCUGUUAUCUCUGUGGGCUUCUCAUGAGCCUUCAAUCCAUGGCCAAGUUUUAUCCUUUGUGGUCAAAUGUAAAUUGACAAUCUAGUGGUGUGUUUAUAAAAUAAACUGACAGAGCCACAUCCUUCACUGGGUUACAAUCUCCACAUGGUACAUCAGUCCUAACAUCCCUGUGUUCCUGGCCCAGGCUUGUUGAUUUGCCAACCUCUCUAGAGCACCUUCUAGUAACACCCCUUUUCCUGCCUGGAAUCUUUUGCAGGAGUGUUUGAGGCAGACCUCUUGAUGCUGACACUAGACUUCUAUUGGAGGAAAGCCCCCCCCUCCAAUGACUACUAAUUGUUCUUCAACGAUUUAACAUGCUUAAAGAUAAUGUAUGAUGGGCUGCAUGCAAGUAUGUUGUUUUCAGACUGUGCCUCCUGAUUGUGACCUUGGAUGAAUUACAGUGUUCACUCAACUCCUAGACUCUGAUUUCUGUUGCAAAUAAACUGUCUUUUGUUGCUUUUU